CCGAACCAGUGCUGUCAGUAUUGUUGCAUCAACAGGUAUUUUGAUUUUGUGUAUUACAAAGAAUAGGAUCACCUAUUAUCAGAUCUGGCUCGGGCCUGUAUACAUGGAGACAAAUACAAGCUUUCUAUGUCCAUAAAUCAACAUAUUUUACAUUUUUCUCUCCCCCCCUUUGUAGCUGAAGAGCCUGAUUUGUCCAGGCUAGUUGUCUCUAACGUUACCUCAGACAGAUUCUCUCUGUCGUGGCGGACAGGAGAGAAGGCUUUUGAUAACUUUAUAGUAGAAGUCAGAGAGUCUGCUUUGCCCUCGCAGGCGAUGGGGCGCGCUCUGCCAGGAGACGCGCGCUCCACGGUCAUGGCCGGCCUCAAAGCGCGCACAAGCUACAACAUAAAGCUGUACGCCAGCGCCGGGGGCCAGAACAUGCAGCCCCUGUUUGAUGUAGCUACAACAGAGGAUGUCCCACAGUUGGGGCCCAUAGCUGCUUCAUCUGUGAGCCCACAUAACCUCAGCUUGUCCUGGAGCGCUGUGUCGGGCCACUUUGAUGGCUUUGUUGUCCGGGUCAGUGACCCCGAGCAGCAGUCUGAUACGCUGGAGUUCAGACUGCCCGGCGAAGCCCGUAACUUUACCAUCUCUAACCUGAUGGACGCCACAGGCUAUGAUAUUGAACUGUACGGUAUCUCUCAUGGGCGCCACACUCCCUCUGUGUUAGCCCACGCCGUCACAGGUACCACGUAUUUUACUCAUGUCUCAAACUCGCGUCUCUUGUAGUUGUCUGUAAAAAAUGGUUUUGCAUCAAAACCUUUAAAGGACUAAAGUAGCUUUUGGGGAAAUGUGUCUCCUGCUAUCAUCUUAACAUACCAGAAUAUCUCUCUAUGCAUUUCAAGCUUUAGACCUGCAGAUAAUAAAUAUUGUUGUAAGUUUUCAUAAGAGCAAAUUUGACAUGCAUCAUGAGCACAUAUUGGUAGCAUAUGCAUGAGAUAAUUUGAGUUAAUAACCCCAAAUAAUAUUAAUAUUUAUUUCUGUUAGCUGAUGAUUUGUGCUAAAACCUAAAGCCGAAAUUGUGUUAAGAUGCAGUUCCACUAAUAACCAGUCGAUGCCCGCGUUGACUACAAAAGUCACUUUUGUACAAGAUGUUUCUGUCUUCAAAUCUUGAGAUUUGUAACAUCCUCGUUCUUGCCUUGGUUUUAUGGCUCCAGAUAUUAAAUCCAAGCUUCAAAAUGUGGCGUUACGAAAGAGAGGUUGCAUCCAUUUUCUACUAAUAUUAUAUUCAGAUGUUCCCAUCGUUUUGCCUCCUGAUGACCCUCACAGGAGGAACAGAUUUUAUGACAUGCUUUUGCAAUCUUUGCACACAUUAUCCUCCUGACGGAAUCUUGUUCCCCCUCCACACGAAAAAAUAAAUAAAUCAAACACACUCCUCUUCAGCUCCUUUGCCUAAAGUGGAAAACUUGGCCAUUUCCAACAUAACCCCCUACGGCUUCCGUGUG